CGCGCUAAAGUCGUUAGUGACUGUUCAUACAUAUUUUCACUGCUCAAUCGCAUGAGGAUGUUGAUAACGUUGUGCGUUGGCGAUCGAAACUGGCGAUCGUGAAUUAUUGACCGAGCGCGGGAGGAUGCGACCGGCUUUGUCAACGAGGACUCCACUACUUGAUCGCUGCUCGAUUCACGGGCUGAAAAUAUUGCAGGUGGCGAGAACGUGUCUAUAUACCAGGAGACGUGAGCGCAAGCCAGAUGACCAAUCGUUCUGUGCACUUACGGUUCGAGACGGUGCGAAACCGGGGCAGGAGAUGCGGUCGGGCUUGCUUAUGCACACGCCGCACAAUUACCGGAAACAAAUUGGUCAGCAACAACGGGACAUGAGCGGGACUCACCGAACAUGGCCACGGUGAGUGAGAGGUGCGUGGACUCCAUGGCGGGCAUUCAGGACCAGUGUAAAAUGAGAGUGGAGGAGACGACAAUGUGC